AUAAAUUCAAAUGUACAACAGGAUAAAUCUUGUCUGUAUGUAUAGAAUAAGUAAAUAAUUAUUUAUAUACAAGGAAGAGUUGUUUUCUGCAGAUAAUAUAAUAUAUAUAGCAGAGAAUAUAUAUUUACUGUUUUGCCACGAUAGAAGCUCAGUACGUAUGCAGACUAACGUAUUAGGAUCGGUUGCUUAGUUCAAGAUUAAAGAAAAUGGAGCCCUUAUUCAAAAGAUUAGAAGAUAGUAAUUCUGAGAAAGUGAAGAAGAUAAAGAAGAAAAUUCUGGAAAAUGUGGAUUAUACCAGAUUUUUAACAAUUGUAAACUUCAGUUUCUUUACCACCAUUCUACCAAGCUUAAGAAGUUGGCACGAUGAGUUUCGAGUGAUGAUAGAAAAAGCUGUGAUUGACUGCGAUAUGAAAGUAGACCUUGAGCAGUCUAAAGUUAUCAACUGGUGUAGAAUAUCACAGUCAUUGUAUCCUCUUAAUACAUUAAGGGAUGGUAAUUGUUUAUUACAUGCUAUAUCAACAUAUAUAUGGGGAAUACAAGAUACUGGUCUAAUAUUAAGACGUCUUUUACAUACUACUUUAGUAAAUGACCCCAACAAUUUGUUUAAAUAUCGAUUCAUAAGAUAUAAACAAAGUCAAGUAUGGUCUGAUCUUAUUCGGUUUACUGAAGAGAACUGGAAUAUGGAAUGGCAGUAUAUUGUAGACAGCGCCAAAUCUAAAGAAAAUGCAAGUUUUGGAAAUCCUCAUUUAUUUCUUGAACCCAUACACAUUUAUGUAAUGGCAAAUAUCCUUCGAAGACCUAUAGUUGUAAUGGCCGAUGAGAAAAUUCGUACAUUUGGGGAGAGAAUGAGUAUGCAAGAAAAUGAUAUUGGUGGUAUUUAUCUUCCUUUGAAUGUUCCACCAGAGAGUUGUUGCAAGUUUCCAAUCAUAUUAGGCUUUACUCUGAGUCAUUUUUGUCCCUUGAUCAAUUGUAAAGAAAGUGCUUCAAGCUCCCAAAAACCAAUUCUUCCUCUACUAAAGUCUGACUUGUCUCAACUACCACUCAAAUUUUUGAGCAUUGAUGAAGAACCAGAAGUUGCAAAUCUCCUUAGCAUAUACCUUAAUCUUAUUGAAAUAGAUCACACUUCUGGAGGAAAUACAAUACCCAUUUCUAGUGCUAAGAUUGGUUCACAAGGUUUAUCAGAAGACCUUAGUGUAGUUGAUGACUACUUUCGAGAUUGUGAGCGAAAAUACCGUGCAUUUUUAAAUGGGGAGGAAGCAUAUCCAAUAGAAUUACCACCAUUUCGGCAGGAAGCUGCUCAAUCAAGAACUUCCCCAUUAAAUAACAUGAUGCAGUCCAAUGAGACACCAAGAACUGUGCCAAGCAGUAACUUGCCCAAUGUACGUGUUAGCUCAGGCAGUCGUCAAACUCGUUACUAUGGAAUUGGUGAUGGCAGUCCUUCGCCAGAGACAAUGCAUUAUUUCCAGAAUAGAAAAUGUAUCACACCAGGCUGUAGAAUGUAUGGUUCUGCUGCCACGGGUAAUAUGUGUAGUACAUGUUUAAAGCGAUACACAGAAGAAAAUGCAGGCCCACCUUCAAUUUAUUAUAUUCCCCAAGAUCCUUCAGCCCCACCACCAUCAUUUCCUCUCACACAAACCUUUCAACAUCCAACUAUGAUGACUGAAACAUGUCAGGGGCCAGACUGUAGAUUCCAUGCCUCUACAGACACUUCACCCUAUUGUCAUGAAUGCUAUAACCACCUCCUACCAAACAGACAAGUUUCCCAGAAUUCUUCAAACACAGAAGAAAAAAGGCGACUAAGUGUCGAAAUGGAGACACCUAUCUAUGUUGGUAACAGCUCAUCUUCCAGUGGCGACACUGAAUUGUUUGGCUCUGGUGAAAGCACUGAACAAUUGACCAGACACCAAACAAAUCAAAGAAAAGGAAAGGUGCAAAAUAUUCUUCAGGAAUGUAUAACUCAAGGAUGUAGAGGUAAAGGUUCACCAGGGCAAAGUGGCAAAUGUAGUAAAUGCUAUGUGGAAUGUGGUUCUGGGAAACAUGCUGCAGCAAACACUUCCCAGCAACCGAUUGAAGAAAUGAUUGGCAGACAAUUUGAGAUGAUGGAAGCUACUGGUAAUUCAGCCUCAAGCGGGCAUCAUAUUUCACGUAAACAUAUCUGUAGCACACCAGGCUGUGAAGGAAUUCGACAAAAGAAUGUCUUUGAUAUGUGCUUUAAAUGCUUUGAUAAAGCAGAUGCCAAGAAAACAAGUACACAGAGACAAAAUGCAUCACGGAACACAGAACAUGCUGCUACCUCUAUACAAGAAUUUGGGCAGAAUGUGGGUAAUAUGGAAGAAAACGUUGUUGAAUCUAGCACCCCAACUAACGCAAUUGUAGAACCCAAACAAGUAUCGUGCAUGGAUGACGCAUCUACACAAUGUGCCAGCCCAAUGUGCGAUAAUCCAGUUUAUCCUCCAGCUAAACUCUGUCAAUCCUGUUUAGAUGUCUUACGUAAAAAUCAAGCAGGAAAAUCAGCAGGCUGUAAAACUGUUAAUUGUAAAUUCCAUGGAGCACCAGAAUUCGGUGGCUAUUGUUCUAGCUGUUUUAAGCAUCGGUCACCAGCCAGAAAAGUAAACAGUGCUCCAAUUGCCAGACGGAAUAUGUACCCAGUUGAAGAGCAACUGGUCGAAAAACGAAAUACUUCACCAUUUAUCAGAAGGUCUCAACCAUCAUGCAUAGUAGAGGCAUGUGUUAGAUAUGGAGACCCAACCUUAAAUGGAAUGUGUACUCACUGCUAUAACCUGAAUCACCCACUCUCAGCACCAAUUGUUGGAGCAAGUAAUUUACAUAUUGGUCAACAACCCUCAAUUCCUGUUCAAGAAGGAUAUGGCUUUGUUCCCAAUCCUUCUCAGAGCCAGUCAUUUCUUGAAAGCAUCCAAAGAGUUGAGGGUUCAAGGAAAGUAAGUAAACUGUGUAAAGCUAGUAAUUGUAAUAAUUAUGGCAAUGCCAGUUGUGAGGGAUUUUGUAAUAAUUGCUAUAAAAUAUAUAAGAGACAGUUUAAGAAUCCUGCAAUGCAUCUCUUAGAAAGAAAUGGUUAAAUAAAUUUAAGAUAACCUGUUUUGAAUAGUUGCAACUAUUAUACAUUAAAAAAUAUUUUUUAUUGUGGUAUUUCAAAGUAAAUAAUGUGCAUGUAUUUGCUUAGAUGUGUAUAAAUAUUUUAUCUGUUUUUUGUUUUAUUUUUAAGAAAUAACAUAAUUAUUUAGCUUAUUUAUUAAUUUGUGCUUCUGGAACCUAGGAAAACUGCCCAGGAGACAACUGUCCUGCUCAUAUGCUUCUGCUUAUAAUAAUACACGAUAGUAUAAUUAAUCACUGCAUUAUAGUUAAUCUAAAAUAUACUGAGACCCAAUGAAAUACACCACAGAUUUGACGAGAAGUGCUAGAGAGACAUAGGCAUAAUGAUGGAGCUGAAAUAUGAAUUUUGGUUGGCAUGAUUGUAUACUGGACAUUUAUUACAGACACAAGAAAAUAAACAACAACCCAAGGGAGUCACCACAAGUUUACUUUACACAGGCACAUUCUCUGGGUUCAGGUGUAACUUGACAUAUCAUUGGAUUGUCCACAAAGCUGUAGGAGUUGCACUGAUGCUAGCUUUUAAAAAGCCACAUUUUAUACACCAUAUCUGUAUCAUAAAAUGGUGAUUUUUAACAUUUCAAUUUUUUUGUUCUUGAGAAAAUUGAUAGGUGAUGCUUUCAUCCGAUCAUAAAAAUGUCCUUCUCACAAGUUAUGAUCGUCAUCAAUGUUUUUAAAUUCAGAAUUGCAAGAAUCAUAAAGUGUAUAUCUCUCAAAGAUUUACAAUCUUAGCCUACACUUAAACAACAUGUGCCCUUUCCGUGCGCCUCAGUAUAUUGUCUAUAUUUGGAGAUUUAUUAUUAUAGUGUGCACUCGGCAUAAUUGUAUAAUUACAUCGAUUUGAAAAUUGUUCCCCAAUAGAAUGGAAAUUUUCAUUGCAAAAACAUAUGAAAAUAAUAUAUAACUAGGCCACACAAAAAAAAUAUUCUGGUUCUUGGACAAUCCUUUUUAAAAAAUUGAUGCGGGAGGGCGUUUUUGGGGGUUUUUUUUGCUGUUUUGUUUUUAUUUUGUCUAAAUCUAGCUCGUUUUUCAUUUUUAAGAGCUAAAUUGCUAAUAUUGUGGACCUAGAAAUUGACACAAAUGGGUCUCAAGGCAUAUAAUAUAAUGUAAUAUGAAUGUAUAUAAACUGAUUUAUAUUCAGUCAUUUCCGUUUUUACUCUUGAUUUCAAAUUAGUUAUGUUCAGCAAAAUACGCCAGAAGUCUCAAUCACAUGGCAAUCUCUAGCAUCUGGUUAUUCCAGUCUACACCAAUAGUAUUUAUUGCCCAUGCUCUCCAGAUAAGAAUAUGGCGUCACCGUUUGACAUGACUUGUGGAAUAUGUCUAGCCCAUUUUUGAUGCCGCCGCGGUAUCUGAGAACCAAAAUAUUUUUUGGGUGUGGUCUUACAAUGCUUAUUAUCUUUGAUAAUUUUGUUCACUAUUGUAUGGUAUUUUAAAAAGUAUUUUUCGGAACUUGUUUCAUUAAAAUUUAGAUGCAGACUGCAAUUGUAAUGUUUUAUAUGAAAUUAUUAUUAUUAUUAUUGUUCGAUUUAUAUGUGUGUAUUCCUUAUUAUUCUGUAGUAAUCAUUACUUAAUCAAGAAUAAUGCAAGUAUUCUGUAAAUAUGACUGGUUAAUGUUAAGACAACUACAUUCGAUGGGUCUAGUUGUUACAUGUCUUACACCCUAAUCAUUAAGUGUAGCGUUUAUUUUGGGCUUGUUCCCUUAAGCCCACUUAAUCAAGUAUGUAUUUUUUCAGGGGGGUUGGAUGGCUGAAUGGUUAGCGUGUGCACACUGUAUCAUAAAGCCUGUCAUUGAGUCAACUGGCGUGGUUUCUAAUCCCCGGUUGUAUGUGACAAGGAGUAGGGUCGCCUGUCCAACCUCGUGGGUUUUCUCCCACUGCGAAAGACCCCUACGCGCAAGCAAAUUAUUGAAAUAUAAUUAAACCAUAUGUUAGUCCCAAAAUGACCUAGUUUGUGUCGAGUGGACGUUAAACCCCAUUUCUCUCUCUCUCAUGUAUUUUUCAUGGUAUGGCAUCUAAUGGAUUAUAAAAUGUUCUUUACAAAUAGUGAUGUAGUUUUUAUGGUAACCACUACUAGGUCAGUAUGGUCAGAUAGCACAAAGCCCCAAAACAGCCUUUUCAGUGCACUCUCUUUGCAAAAUGUGAUGUAUUUGUAAAUUAACUGGUCACUACCAAUAAACCAAUAGUUAUUGUCCCCCGACUUUCGUAGAAAGCAGGGGACUAUUAAAAUGGGUUCGUCCGUCUGUCUGUCUGUCACUCUUUUUGGGACACAAUAACUCUUUCUAAUUGCACUAGAAUGUUCAAACUUGGUGUUGGUGUUUAUUAGGUCAAUACCUUGAUGGAUUUGAAGAUGAGCAUUUUCCGCUUAGGUUAAGCGGAGAUAAGCAAUUUGAUUGGUUGAUGCUUUGGAACAUGAUAACUUUAGUUCUAAUUAAGUGAGAGUAAUGGAACUUGGUGUAUAGUUUCAUUACAUCAAUACCUUGACUAAGUUUGAUAAUGAGCAUUUUCUGCUCAGGGUAAACAGAGCGAUAAGCAAUUUGAUUGGCCAAGAUUUUGGAACACAAUAACUCUCCUUCUAAUUCAGCUAGAAUGUUCAAACUUGGUGUUGGUGUUUAUUAGGUCAAUUAUAUAGGGUAAACAGAGAUAAGCAAUUUGAUUGGUUGAUGCUUUGGGACACGAUAACUUUAGUUCUAAUUAAGUGAGAGUGAGGACACUUGGUGUAUAGCUUUAUUACAUCAAUACCUUGACUAAGUUCGAUAAUGAACAUUUUCUGUUGAGGGUAAGCAGAGCGAUAAGCAAUUUGAUUGUUCGAGACACAAUAACUUUCCUUCUAAUUGAACUAGAAUGUUCAAACUUGGUGUAGGCAUUCAUUAAGUGAAUCCCUUGAUGGAGUUCGAUGAUGAAUAUUGUCUGCUUAUGGUAGGCAGAGAUAAACAAUCUGAUUGGUUGAUGCUUUAGGGGCACGAUAACUUUGGUUAUAAUGAGGUGAGAGUGAUGAAACUCUAAAUAUAAAUUAUUUAUAUCAUUAUCAUUAUCGUGGCAAUAAUAGUUGACAACAGAGACUUUGCCUCAAUUGUAUUUUUUUAUCGUAAAAUCUCAGCCAUCCAAUGAUCUAAAGAGUUGAUUACUACAGACUUGUUAAAAAAUGUCUAAACAAUAAUUUAUAUAACAUUUGAAGCUAAAAAAGAGACAUGCAAUAGACCAAUUUAGCUCUUACAUAAUGCAUCUUUGACAAAAUUCAAUCAAUUGAUAAUAAAUGUAUAAAAGUUCUAUAA